UGUGCUAUUUUGUUUGUGCUGAAUAUUUGUUUUAACGUUGUGAAUACUACAGUGGAUAUUUAUCUGGUUUAUUUAAAUUUGAUUUGGUGGUCUAAAAUAAUUCGGUUUUACGCCGAAAUAAUACAAAAGUUUUGAAUUGUUUACAAAUCUUGUUUGUUGACAAAAUUCUCCCAUUGAAAAAAAAAUAUAUCAUCGGAGGACUUACGUGACAUUAAGCCGAAAGAUUUAGGGUAUAUUUGCGAAACUGUGAGAAAUUAAAGGACGUAGACAGGAAAAAUCCUUGUAGAACGAGUAAAAUUAUUAGGAUUUGUCAAGUAAAGGCACAAGUUUGAUAAUAUGUGCUUCUCGUGAAGAAUUUUAAAAUGCAUAAUGAAUAUCUAUUGUAGUUCACAGACAAUUUAUACUUUUGCUAUUGACAAGAAAUUGUAUUCAUAACAGUACUGCAACAUCAAGAAAUUUACUUCAUGACCACGCCAAUAAACUUAAUUCUAGGUCUUUAGAAGCAUUUCGAAAAACAGUGAUUGGUCGAUGAGCAGGCUGGUGACAGGCAGUCUGCUUGGCGAGAGGCCUGUCAGUGGGGCAGGGAGUGACGACCGGAGUGCCGAUGUCAGUUCUGCUUCUGACGCGCGAAGAAGACCUCUGGAGACAUGUGACGCACGUAGGAACCACUCGGGGUGAAUCCAAGCCACGCAACAGUUUCACAAGGAUAAACCCAUAAGUGGGCAGGAUGGUAGUCCUGCCUAACGGGGAGGACAAGAGCGCGGCCCGGUGGCUUCUGUGUCAGCGCGUUGGCUCCGCUGGUUUCUACGGCGUGGCCUCGUUCCUCAUCACGGUGAUCAACAAGGUGGUGCUGACCAGCCACGGCUUCCCUUCCUACCAGGUGCUGGCGCUGGGCCAGAUGACGGCCACCGUGCUGGUGCUGUUCGCGGCCAAGAGGCUCGGCCUGCUGACGUUCCCGGCGCCGGAGCGGGGCACCUUCCGCAAGAUAUGGCCCCUGCCGCUCAUCUACGUGGGCAACGUGAUGUUCGGCCUGGGGGGCACCAAGGAACUCAGCCUGCCGAUGCUCACGGUGCUGCGCAGGUUUUCAAUCUUGAUGACGAUGGUAGCGGAGUUCUACAUCCUGAACAUCCGGCCCUCGAUGCCCGUGCAGCUGUCCGUGUACACGAUGAUCCUGGGGGCGGUGAUCGCGGCCAGCAACGACCUGGCGUUCAGCCUGGAGGGCUACGUGCUGGUGCUGCUGAACGACGUGUUCACCGCCUCCAAUGGCGUCUUCAUGAAGCAGAAGCUGGAGACGGCGGAGCUGGGCAAGCACGGCCUCAUGUUCUACAACUCCCUGUUCAUGCUGGCCCCGGGGCUGGCCGUGGCGUGGCUCACGGGCGACGUGGACCGCGCCCUCGCCUUCGACCGGUGGGGGGACCCCGUGUUCACCUCGCAGUUCCUGGCCUCCUGCUUCAUGGGCUUCGUGCUCACCUACAGCAUCAUCCUGUGCACCAUGUUCAACUCUGCGCUCACCACCACCGUCAUCGGCUGCCUCAAGAACAUCCUGGUGACGUACCUGGGCAUGCUCAUCGGCGGGGACUACAUAUUCUCGUGGGUCAACUUCGUGGGCAUCAACGUCAGCGUGCUGGGGAGCCUCUUGUACACGUACGUGACGUUCAGGCGCCAGGCGCCGCCUGUGCCCAGGCCUCUGGUCGCCGUCUGAUCGCUGCUGGUGCCGUGCAGUGGCAGAUCGCGAUGGAUCGUUUUGACGCUGGCCAAAGAUGAAAGCAGCCGCUAGGUUAUUGUGAAGGAAAAUCACAGAC